ACUGACGCUGUUUGUUAUUUGAUGGAAGAUCAGUUUGGCCAGGCAAUUAUUGCAAUCAUUUUCUCUUUUAAGUAGGGUAUACUAUUUGUUGUCGAAACUCAUUUUCUACGCUAGGAUAUUGAAAGUUUGCGACUUUUCACAUUGAUUUUUUGUUUCGGCUGUUAAACGGAGAGGGGGAAAGGCUAUUUACCAAUAUACUAACUUGCCUUAAUUCCUAUUAAAUAAAUAAUGGACAGAUUUUUUUUAAAGGAAGGAAACAUUUCACUACAGGUUACGUUGAUUUGUUCCCUCUUACCCUCCAGAUAUUGAGCAAAUAACAAAUCACUGACUACACAGUAUUAUUCUCGGGCACCGUACGGGAAUAACUGUAGCCCUGACGUUUGCUACAAAUAAUAUUGAAAAGAGAAGAAAUCAUUAUUCGGAUUGGUUAUAAAUGUAUAUUAAGUGUUGUCGACGUUAUUUGAGGUGCAAUUCAAAGACGAAGAAGAAGAAUAGAAGUGUCAGGUGAUUUCAUCAACACGAGGAACCAUCUGGUGAUUGCAUCGCUAAGUUUACCCUGCUCCUGCGUGUUAUCUCUCAACUCCAGUGGAAGGGAAGGGAAGAAGAGAAGGUGUAGCAGCACCGGUGCAGUGGCCCUCGCCUGAUAAAUGUCUACCUGCGCUGACAUUUUUAUGGGUCUUCGUCAGCCAAAGCUGCUCUGUGAGGCAGAUCUCCCAGGUGGAUCGUAGCAACGCGUCACCUCUAAUAGAGCCUCCCCCAGUCCACUCCCCAGCCAUCUGACAGACCCAACAAACAUCAAAGUUCUUCUUCCUUCUAACUAUCAGGCUCUUCCACUCCGUGUCUGUACAGAGGGGGAUGUCUGUUAUCUAACUGCUCUGUCUACCAAUCUACCAGCUCAGCUCAGUCCAAUCUAGCCCUGCUCCCCUGACUCAACUUCCGGCCACCCUCAGCCAUGGAGGACUAUGAGGUGUGCUCGGCCGCCAGUAUUCUGGCUUCGGUGAAAGAGCAGGAGGCGCGUUUCGAGCGUCUGACCCGGGCGCUGGAGGAGGAGCGACGCAACGUCUCCCUGCAGCUGGAGCGUUCCAACAUAACAGCCGACAGGCUGGGAGGGACUGGGCCUAAUGCUAACCUGCCACCCAACAGCCAACCCCUGGCCUGGCAGCAGGUGGUGAUGCAGGAGCAGAGCCCCAGUAACCAGACGUCUCUGGCCAUGAUGCAGGAGCCCCAGGAGAUGGUGGAGGAGACGGUCACCAUUGAGGAGGACCCUGGCACGCCCACCUCCCACAUUUCCGUAGUCACCUCCGACGACGGCACCACGCGACGCACAGAAACCAAGGUGACCAGGGUGAUCAAAACCAUCACCCGCCACACUUACCUGCCAGUGACCAUCAUCGAGACCCCGGUGGUGCCGGAAGGUUCCAUCUCACCGCAGUCCAAACCCAGCACCUCUUCUCCCACCCCGUCACAGACAGACACAGUGACGAAGAUGGUGAAGACGGUGACCACGCGGACGGUUCGACAGGUGCCCCUGGGCCCCGACGGCCUGCCCCUACCCGAGGGCUCCUCCCCACUGGGCAGCUACACAGACUCCAUCGACCGGCGCUACCUGAAGAACGGCGAGCGCUAUAUCACCACGCCGCAGGCCACCUCCACGCUCACACGCUCCUACAACAACUACAACGACUCCUACACCGACACGCUCCCCCCAGAUGCAGGCGGGAGCCAUUAUGGUGGGCGCCACUAUGGCCUCCACGACGGCUACGGGAUUGGAGACGUGACAGACAACUACGGCAGCCUGUCGCGUGGCGUCAACUUCCGGCCGCCCCGCUAUCCUUACGCCAUGGCUAACAGCUACCGGACGGAGAACAGCUACGGGACCUUACCCAUUCGGAAGGAUGACUACGGCCACGUGGCCCAGCCUCAGGUGCCCAUGGGCAGCAGCAGUGUGGACCUGAACCGAUCCCAGCCAGAACGCUUCCAGCCAGAGCCCUACGGACUGGAGGAUGACCGCCGCAGCCUGGGCCCUGAGGAGGAGGAGCCCUAUGACCUAGACCCUGACUACUCCACCGCCAGCCGGCGCCAAGGCACACUGCCUGGCACCAACCGCGGCAGGACCGUGAGAGAGCCACUCCGUGACGGGCCACGUGUCAGGGGGUACGAUGACCCCAUCGAGGCAGAGCUGGUUGACGAGCGACACCCCUACAUCCAUGGCAUGUACGCGGCCCCCCUGGCCCAGCCCGAGAGGGGGAGCAUGGCCAGCCUGGACCGCCUGGCUGGCCGCCGCUCGCCCUCCAUAGACAGCAUCCGCAAGGACCCGCGCUGGCGUGACCCUGACCUGCAAGAGGUCAUCGCCAUGCUGGGCCACCCUAUCGACCCGGUCAAGUCCAACGCCGCCGCCUACCUGCAGCACCUGUGCUACGAGAACGACAAGAUCAAGAAAGAUGUGCGCCAGCUGAAGGGGAUCCCUGUGCUGGCAGGGUUGCUGGACCACCCCAAGGCUGAGGUCCACCGCAAGGCCUGUGGAGCCCUGAGGAACAUCUCCUACGGCAAGGACCACGACAACAAGGUGGCCAUCAAGAACUGCGAUGGUAUCCCAGCCCUCAUCCGCCUGCUGAGGAAGACCAACGACAUGGAGGUCCGUGAGCUCAUCACAGGGACCCUGUGGAACCUGUCUUCCUAUGAGCCUCUGAAGAUGGUGAUUAUAAACCACGGGCUUCAGACUAUGACCAACGAGGUCAUCAUCCCCCACUCAGGCUGGGAGCACGAGCCCAACGAGGACUCCAAGCCCCGCGACGCAGAGUGGACCACCGUCUUCAAGAACACCUCUGGUUGUCUGAGGAACGUGAGUUCGGACGGGGCCGAGGCGAGGCGCAGGCUGAGGGAGUGUGAGGGGCUGGUGGACGCUCUGCUCCACGCCCUGCAGUCAGCUGUGGGGAAGAAAGACAUGGACAACAAGUCUGUGGAGAACUGUGUGUGUAUCAUGAGGAACCUGUCCUACCACGUUCACAAGGAGAUUCCAGGGGCCGAGAAGUUCACAGACCCAUCAGUGCUGCAGGCCCCGGGCUCUGUGGGCCCUCAGAGGAAGAAGAAGGACGACGCAGGCUGCUUCGGAGGGAAGAAGGCCAAAGAGGAGUGGUUUAAUCAAGGCAGGAAAAACGGAGAGAAUGCCAAAAGCUACGACACGCUGGAUCUCCCCAAACGCACUGAACCCACAAAAGGUUUUGAGCUGCUGUACCAGCCAGAGGUAGUGAGGCUGUACCUGUCUCUGCUCACUGAGAGCCAGAACUACAACACUCUGGAGGCUGCAGCAGGGGCCCUGCAGAACCUCAGUGCCGGACAGUGGACCUGGUCCAACUACAUACGAGCCACUGUGAGGAAGGAGAAGGGUCUUCCCAUCCUGGUGGAGCUGCUGCGUUCUGAUGCUGACAAGGUGGUCCGAGCCGUGGCCAUCGCCCUGCGUAACCUCUCCAUCGACCGCCGCAACAAAGACCUGAUCGGGAGCUAUGCCAUGAGGGACCUGGUGAGUAACCUGCCCAGUGGUCAGCAGCGGCCAGCUAAGAACCUGGAGGAAGACACAGUGGUGGCCAUCCUCAACACCAUCCACGAGAUUGUGACGGACAGCUCCGAGAACGCACGCUCCCUCAUCCAGGCCCAGGCCAUCGAGAAACUGGUGGCCAUCAACAAGACAAGCCAAUCACCGCGUGAGAACAAGGCUGCCUCCCACGUGCUGCAGACGGUGUGGAGCUACAAGGACCUGAGGAACGCCCUGACCAAGGAAGGAUGGAAUAAGAGCCACUUCCAGUCUACAGCAAGCGGCGCCCCUAAAGCAGCCAAGAAUGGCAAACCAGGCUACGACGACACUACCCUGCCCCUGAUGGAGAAGAACCAAGGUCAGUCUGUGACGGCAGGCGAGACUGGGGAUCCUCCGGGCCUGGCCUACUGUGGUGAACUGAGCACCAAGAAAAAUGGAAGUGGUGAUAUGAUACCUAUGGACGAGCUUGGUCCAGAUGGCUACUCCACCAUCGACCAGAGAGACAAGGACUGCAAGUACAAGAGUAGUGGCGACGGGUCAGUGGACCUGACAGAACGGGAGCCAUUGAAGAAUGAGACAAAUACGAAACACUAUGUCAGGAGUAACAGGCCUGCAGUCAAUCUGGUGGAUGCUUGUGACGUUAAACCUCAGCCUGUUGACUCCUGGGUCUAAAUGCAUGCAUGGCUUAAAUAACAACAGCGCAACAUCUCAACUAGAUGAGGAUUUCCCACGUCAUCACUGCCAUAACACAUGGAGCUUAUUUUGAUGUUGACUCGUCAGCAGAUAGACUUUGUAAAUGAAAGAGAGAGAGAAACAAAACAACAAAAAAAUGAUCAUCCAUCAGCCAAUGUUUCAUGCUUUUUGAAUCAGCAAAUGAAAUGUAUAGAACAGAAAAUCAAAAAAUGACUACUACUUCUACUACUACUCAUAUCUACAUUCCCACUGGAUGGACAAACAUAGUGUACACGAACAUGAGGACUGACUGGAGCAGCUCUGGUGUCAGGAUGGAAGAAUGGAGGCAGUUAUCCUCCUCGGGAUACAAGUGUUCUAAAGCUCUGUCUUUACGCUUACUCCAAGGAUGGUUGGUGGUGGUGUGAGGCAGGAGAGAACGUUAUGUUUGUUGAUUCUACUGCUUGCAAAGGUGGAGGGAAAGGGGAAAGAGAGAAUUGAACUAUUUCAUUUUCAUGUCAAAAUGAAGUUUGCUUCCAAUUGUUUAUUUCCAUGUAACAGUUUAGCUUUUUGUUUCCAUUUUUAUUUUUGUUAGUCUUUCCUCGAGGCACUGUACAUUGUAUUUGUUUGUAAUAUUGUUUUUCUUUUGCUGGUCUGUCUUUUUCAUUUUAGUUUGAAGAAGUGUGGACUAUUGUGGUAGAUGGCAGAUGAAUGUUGGUGUGGUUUUAAGUUGAGGACUUGACGCUUGAGCGUCGCUUAAAGGAGCUGUAAGAGAUGCCACACAUGCGCUUUUCACACGCGAAGGCUCUCAAACACAUUUGUCAUACAAUGGUUCACUGUGUUUCUUUAAGUGCACUGGGAUCAUUGCUGUGCAACUCAUAGGGGACUGACUGGGUGCUGAUUCAGUUCAUAAACCCACAAGAAUUUCACACACCUGCAAGUGUUGAUUGGAGUUAGGGAAGUGAAAUGACAUGUACAUUUGGUUGGGUUACUUAUAGCUGUUGAGUAAAACAAAAUGAAAAUAUAUUUUCUGAAUCGAUACAGUCGUGGUUGUUUGCUGAAGGUAUAUGAUUUACUCAGCUGGUUGCUGUUUGCCAUUGAUCUGUAAUAAAGUUGAAUAGGAUAUAAGACAUUUUGUUUAUAAAUGGAUUGCGUUUAUGAAGGAAGGGAGAGGAUUAUGUCAAGUACACUGAACAAAAAUAUAAACAAUUUCAAAGAUUUUGCUGUUACAGUUCAGAUAUGGAAAUCGGUCCAUUUAAAUAAAUUCAUUGGGCCCUAAUCUAUGGAUUUCACAUGACUGGGCAGGGGUGCAGCCAUGGGUGGGCCUGGGAGGGCAUAGGCUCACCCCUUUGGAGCCAGGUCCACCCACUGUCGAGCCAGGCCCAGUCAAUCAGAAUGAGUUUUACCCCACAAAAGUGCUUUAUUACAGACAGAAAUACCCCCCCCCCCCUUCUGGAGAAGCUGGAUGUGGAGGUCCUGGGCUGGGGUGGUUACACGUGGUCUGUGGUUGUGAGGCCGAACGUACUGCCAAAUUCUCUAAAACUACAUUGGCAGAGAAAUGGUAGAGAAAUUAACAUUAUCUGGAAACAGCUCUGGUGGACAUUCCUGCAGUCAGCAUGCCAAUUGUGUAUGCUCCCUAAAAACUAAAGACAUCUGUGGCAUUGUGUGACAAAAUUGCACAUUUUAGAGUGGCCUUUUAUUGUCCCCAGCACAAGGUGCACUUGUGUAAGGAUCAUGCUGUUUAAUCAACUUCUCGAUAUGCUACAUCUGUAAGGUAGAUGGAUUAUCUUGACAAAGGAUAAACCUCUUACUUACAGGGAUGUAAACACAUUUUUGCAAAACAUUUGAGAGAAAUCAUAUUUUUGUGCCAAUGGAAUGUUUCUGGGAUCUUUUAUUUCAACUCAUGAGACAUGGACCAGCACUUUUACAUGUUGUGUUUAUGUUUUUAUUCAGUGUACAUGCUCCUGUUGUCAAAGGGUAGAACCUAAAAGCGUUUUAUAUUUUUGUUGGUUUUAUAAAUGUAUAUUAGGGUCAAAGAAAAACAAAAAAACAAGACAAACUUAAUUGUGUACUCAUAACAGGUCGUUUCGGAAGCACAUUCAUUGGAUAAAGGAUCACCAUGUUUGUAAACAGAAAUAACUACAUCAUUUAGGUGUGUAUCAAAUCUGUAGAGUCAUGUUAAUUACAUAUUUAUAUUUUGUAUGGUUAAGAUUGAAAAAAGAAGACCUUUAAUCUUCAGAUUUCUUUGUAAAGGUGUGAUGGACUGAUGACCUGGUCUCCAAAUCUUUGUCGGAGAUUAGGGAGGGGGAGAAAGAGAGGGGAAGUGGAUAGUUCAGCAGGGGUCACUCAAGAGAAGGAUGGGUGGAUGCAGCAGCAGGGAUAGACAGCAGUGCUAGAAUUCCAUUUCAUUUCACACUGCAAUUAUAUAGUCGCUGAUAACCUAAAAACGUGCUUUGAUUUUGCCAAUGCAUCGUUAAAGAACUAUUUGAAACAAGCAUGAGCAAAUGUACAGAUGUUUAUAUAUUCUUUAAGUGCCAGUUUUUGUGGUGGAAUUGGAUAUUCAAGUAAUUCACAUCUGGAGAGAACAGAGGAGAGCAGUUUUGUGUGGUUCAAGGCAGAAUUUGCAUCACAUUGUACAAAGUAUACAAAGUCUGAUUUAUUAUAUUUUUUUGUUCUCUAGAGGCAGUUGAAAUGUAGUAGAAGAUUACGCCGUUGUCUUUUAAAGGGACAAAAGACAAGCUCAACUGCACGUGGGUAAAGAUUUAGUAGUGGUGUUGUGAUUAGUCUUUCUCCAUCUCCAAGUGGACACUGCACUAUGAACCUUCUCUCUCCCAAUUCUGGGACUAGUGAGGGGGGACCUCCACUACAGAACCGCUCAACGGCUACGGGCGAAUGGCAUGUGCCUGCGUCAGUUUCUUUGUGAUGUGAUUUAUAAAGCCUUGCAUAUUUUACACGGUGUUUACAAAGACUUAUGUGACAAAAUAAAGAUGAAAAAGUACAUGUAUUAACUUUUGAUUUCAGAGAAAAGUAACGUAAUAAUGUAAACGUUCUCCAUGUCGACAUAUGUCCUCAGAACUAUGUGCUUUUCAUUGGAUUAUUCAUCUCUGACUGUCUAUUCCUGACUGCAUUUUGCAAUACACAACCAAAGGACCUGGUGUUGUAUUUAUAUACAUAUGAAAGUAGUCCAGGAGUUUGUUUGUGGAUGUUCAUCUAAUUGUACAUUUACUAAAUAAGAUGCUGUGAAAGAAAUGCAAGAAAAUGGGGCAGAAAUUGAAUCAAAGGGGCAAGACCUAUCUGUGUAGAUAUCACUGAUUCAAACUCUUCAAAAAUAAAGUAACUGUAUCAGUAGCAAAUGUGUUUGUAACUAUCAUGUGCCUUAACCUUUUCCAUGGUAGAUAAAGAAAAUGUGUUUUAUAUCAUGCUUUAUCCUCCCACUGUCCUCCACCCUCAUCCCUUCCUCUUUCCUGUUCUCUUCUUUGUCUGGCUCCCUAUCCAUCUCUCCCUUCCCCCCAAUUUCACACACUCACACAUUCACCCACUCUGUCCUCAGUGUAGUCUAGACUGUUGGUGGGUAUUUGCCUUGUAUUACAUUGAAUUAUAAACUUUCAAAAGAUGGAGACAAAAAAAUGGUUUGAUUUCAUAGAGUAAGUUGUUAUUGCUUUCGUAGCUAUCAGAGCGAUGCACAGUGACAAUGUAUUAUGUUAAUUUUACUAAUACCCAGAGGCAAGUGUUAUGCUUGUUUAAAUAAAGGAGAAAAAAAAUACAGAUUUGUAGAGUAUACAUUUGGUGUGUUUUCAAUAAACCAUGCCUGGAAAGAA